CCCACCCGCCUCCGCCUCCGCCGCCCGCCUCCACUCUAGCGCCCGCCGGCCGCUCCGGAACCGUCCGCGCUCAAUAAAACCUUCUUCCAAGCGUGUUUGUGCAGUUGUCUGGACCACGGCCGCGUAUAACCGGCUCACGUUAAAAAAAUCUUUGACUUCUCUUUUUCUGACUUCAGCGAAAAUCCUGCUCCGAGUGCCCUUAGCCCAGUUUCAUUCAUCCAAGUUGUGGCCUUUUUUGCGCCUUCCGGAAGAAACUUUGCUCCCCCUGCUUUUGAUUGCUCUUGAGGUAGGGGAUUUCAGGUUUGGAGGGAUGAUAAGCGAUCCUGCAGCCCUUUCACUUCAGGUAAUGGUGUGGCCGAGGACAGGGACCCGCGGCCCGGAGGCAGCCCUUCGUUCUCUGUUCUGGGUCAGGUACUCCUCAAGCCGUCGCCGAAAUCCCCGUUCUUCCGUGAAUUGGGUAACGUAGAGCGUGGUGUAUGAUUUUAUUUUAUUUUAUUUUUUUAACUCCUCUUGCAGGUAUUAAAAACAAAAACAAAAACAAAAAAACCUAUGUUCGAACUUUGGAUGCAUGGCUUCCUACAGCGCCAGAGGCUUGGACACAUUUUAUACUUUGGGUCAAUUCUGAAGAAGAGCUGUGUAGGAAGUUUGGUUGAACUUAAGCCUAGGGUCUCGGUUCAAGCGCUGUUGAGAAACUAACAAUCACAGAACAUUGGAAAAUCCUUACUUUUUUGUACAUUGUGUUGUGGGAGAGGACACCAGUGCCUCUUGAUCAGGUUUGGGAGUCUGGUCUGGUAUGCCACUGUGUCCUCAAGCUUGUUUCUCCUCUAAUUUAGGAGAAGACUGCAUUGUUUAGCCUCUUGAGUAUUACCCCCAGCUUGGCCCUUCUUCUCUAUGUUAGGACACUGCUUAGAGAGAAUAGGAACAAUGAAGAGAAGUAGUGCACGUUACUAAAAAGGAAACAGUUUAAAUUACGUGGUAAUUGUUUAAGCCCUCCCUUUAACUUACACAUUUUAGGAGAUACCAGAAUCUGGGAAAUGCAGUUUUUGAAAUUUCUUUUGUUUCACCUUGUUUUAGGGAUGAAACAGGUAUCAUUGAAGAGUCAGUGUAUCCAUGAACCUUUGAAAUGAAGACUCUGAACUCUUCUUUGUGUUUAGCAUAGCUGCCAAGUACUGUACAUUUGUUAACAAGGCUUUAAGUGUAUUAGUUACAUGUAUUUCCACUAUGUUUCUUGUUUUUGUUUUUUUAUCCUGUUACAAGUAGGAUUCACAAACUUUGGUGUGGAGCAUAUACUUUUUACUCGAAUUAAGCCACAGAAAUGCGGUUUGGUUAAAAUAAUAAUUCAGUUCAUUUUCCUUGAAAUCCUGGCAAGAGGGCAGGGGGAAAAAAGAAACCUUUACAGAUAAUCAAGGUGAAAUCCUCCCUGGAGGCAGAGGCCUCCAUGGCUGCAGAUAGGACAUUGUAACAACGAUGAAGUUGUGUUGAAGAGCCCCUUGACCUAAAUAAAGUAAGACUAAACAACAAAUAAACUUUUUUUUUUAAAUUUAUUGUUGACAAAACUUGUUUUUGAGUAGGUUGUCAAUGUGUAACAAUCACAAAGACUUGGUUUUGAAUAGUUUUGGUUGCUUUCAAUUUAGGAAAAUUGGAUUCUAAAGUAAGAUCAAUACUUUAGGGAAAAUGAAUGAAAAAUGCCACCAUGAGCUUUGGCAGGCGCUAGGGAAGCCUCUCCCUUCUAAUAUGCGGCGGUUUGUAGCUCUGCUGCAGGUUGCCUAUUGUACAUAACUCCUCAAUUUCAAAUCGCAUAUUUUUUAUAUUUUUAGAUUCUAAAAUGUGUACCUCUUAAAGUUUACCCCUUUAAGGGCUUAUUGUCCUUUUCCUCCUCUCCCAAAUCAUUUAUGUAUCUUGGAAUUGAGGAAAUGCACUAUGUUAGACAGCUUUAGAACAGACAUUGAGAAAUUGAGAGAUGGUAGUUUUUGCAGCCUUUUCUUGGAUGUCCGGAAAGGUUUUCCUGUCUUUUUUUCCUGUGAUACUCUAUAAGCCUGAAGAGCAUUUCUAGUCUCUUUAAAGUGUAUUAUUUCCCCUUCCCUACUGUUUUAUUUUAUUUGACUCCAAGCUUGAUUCUUUAACAUUGAGCAUACAAGAGUAUUAAAGUUUAAGAUGCAGAUGCUGUUUUGAGGCUCUCACAGCGUUUCGUGUUGGAGACCCACUGUGUUGUACCAGCGUCUCGUGUGGGAGUCCCUACUGAAAGACUUCAGGGUAUAGUAUGUAGAAUGAGUCCUUAUUGAACUAUACAGUUGUGUGUUAGUCACUGAGAAGUUCCAGUGCUAUUUCUUUCUCGGUUUACAACUGGGAGUCAGUUAUAAUGGGUAUCUGCUUUUGUUGCACUUUCAAGUUUGUGCUCUUAUGAGUGUAGAUAUCAGUCCUCCCAAAAAGAAAUUUAUUUGCAGGUACCAUUUAGCUUGACUUUUAUUGUAAUGUGUAUAUAUACAGUUGUCUUAUUUUGGUAUUCCCCCUUCUUGUAAUUUAGCAUGAAAAGUAGGUAAAAAUGAGGUUAAAUUCUGAAAAUUGAUUCAGUGAAGUAGUGGAUGUUGCAAAAUUAGGCCUUUAAAGGUGAUGACUAAAGCCAUUUGAAAAGGUGGUUGCUUAGACCAGUCUUAGACCAUUUAUAGAAGAGUUUCCAGAUUAAAAAGAUUUUGGAAGUCUUGUGCCUGUAUCAGAAGAGUUUUAUUCAUUCUGGCAAACACAGUAUUCAAUGCUGUAGUAUGGAAGGACAUAGGCUACAGAGGAGAGACCACAAGCUGCAGGUUCCAGGCGGCGUCAAUUCAGCGUUGGUAGACCUUUCCUAACAGCUGAAAACUAAGCCAGUUGCCUGUGAGAUGGCGAGUUUUCUCUCCACCUCUUGACCUCGUGCAGUGAGAAUGUUCUGGUAGAUAGAGGAAGGGUCAUGCAUUUGAGGGGUGGGAUCUGACACUGAUUACUGAGGUUCCUUCUCUCCAGAGUCUGAGAAAUGGCUUAUAGUCCAUUGAUUUCACUCUGAAGUUAGAUUUGAAAGAUUGAUAUUUAGUUUAUCAAGGUAGAAGAUAGAACUGAAUUGCCAAUUUAUGAAUUUUAAAGCCACAUACUGUGUUGAGAAGCCUAGAAAAAGCUGUGUAAACGUUGUAGAAAAUUUUUACGUUUGGGAUGGGAUCAGGAAGAGGAAUUUUGAGGAUAAAAAAAGAUUUAUGCAGAACAUUUAUAUUCUUUGGUUACUCACUUUAGGAGCACUUUAAUUAUCAUGUCUUAUGUUUGCCCAGAGGAUGAUCACAGUUGGCAUAUUUAGAGUUGUGAAAGCCCUGGGAAGAUAUUUUUUUCCUGAAAUCUUCUCAUUGUUACUCAGGAAUUUUUACAUGAAGAAUUAAAGGUUAAUGAUGUAAAUAAUAGUUUCAUUCUAAGUGAAUGCAGGUGUAUAAAAUAAAAUACCAUUUAUAUAUCUUGUAUAUAUUUUUGUAAUAGAAAUAAAAGUAGAUAGCUACUUCGCACAUCUUAAAUUCUUUCUCAUUAAAACAGAUUUCACAAGUUAUUUUAUGUUCAGUAUCUCUAAUUAUUAAUUUCACUGAAAAUCAUAUUUUUAAUUCUAAUUCAUUGAAAUAGUUUUUUGUAAGUAAAGAGUUUUACGAUGUACUGAGCAUAAUUUAUGAGUUGGGUUUUAUACGUUUAGAAAUAGAAGUGUAGUUCUAGUUCCUAAAAACGUACAAAGCAGUAGGUUUUCUGAUUAUGCAGUGAAGAGUCUUUUCUAUUUCUUCUCAGUCAAGCCAUUUUGUUUAGAUAAACUGGCAAUAGUUGUGUAUUCUAGAGUUGUAUCCAAGUUUACAAUCUUGUGGAAGAAAUACCAAAAAAAGUUUGCAUUUUAGAUACUCUUCGGAGGCAUAGAGCGCUAAUGAACUCAGGUAUGGGACUGGCCACCCUUAGGUGAUGUAGCUUGGCUUGCUUGGCAACAUUCGAUAACUAGGAACCAGUGAUAUUUCUGUUCAGGUGGUGGCAGACAAAAGUUCAAAUGGAGACGUCUUUGUUCUAGCUGUCAGCUGGCUAAGUUAGUCUUUUUUUCCCUUCUCGUGGGCCCUCCCUUAACAGCUUAGCUUGUAUCUUUAAUAGUCACCCUUUGUGUUUUGUCUGCUUGAAAUCAGGCAACUUAAAAUAGUUAUCCUGAAAUGAAAGACUUGAGCCUUGUUGUACUUUCACUUGGUACUAAAGUUUUCUUGGGUUACAGCUUAUUGCCGCAGCAAGUGGUUGAAGAAGGAGUCCUGUUCCUGCCCCUGAGCUACAGCUAAGGUACCAGGAGUGGCUUGGGGGUAAGGAGUCCUUCCUUACCAGACAUGGUUUGUAUGUAUGAAGACUGCUUGUCAGAAGUUUGACAUUCUGCACUAAAUAUUUUUUCCUGUUAAUCGUAACUCACACAUUCAAAACAGUGUUUAUUGGUUUUUAAAAUCUAGAUGUUUCAUAUGCAGAUUGAUAUUGAAUCUUCUCACCUUUAGAUUAUAAAAUAAUUUAAAAGAAAACCAAGAGUUUGAAAGCAAUUAGGGAAUUCUAAAGUAAUGUUUUUCAUCUAGUACCUUCAUUGUAUUUAUAGUACAGGUAGAAUUUCUGUUCAAAAUACGGUAUACAUCUUUUUAGUGGAAAGCAAUUCUUUUAUUUAUUAUUAUUUUACUGAAGUACAGUCAAUUACAAUGUGUCAAUCUCUGGUGUACAGCACAAUGUCACAGUCAUGCAUAUACAUACAUAUAUUUGUUUUCAUAUUUUUUAGUGGAAGGCAAUUCUAAACCAACAGGGAUUGUUAUCAACACAUGUAAUUAAUCUCUUAGGGGAAUCACAUUUAAGGAAUUAGUUAGAUUUAAGGAAAUCAUUCAACUUUAACGAAUGUGGUAUGUUGUCAAUUUAGCUAAAAAAAAAAUACCCUUAGAAAUUUGGAAAAAGACAGUUAAUUCAGUCCUAUUUCCUUGUUGUUACUUUAACUUGGACAGGUUGGCACCAGAUCCACCCUGUCACCUGCAUUUGUAUGGCCUGUGAACUUAAGGAUUUUACACUUCUAGUCAGGAAAAAAAAUUAAAAGAAGAGUAAUAUUUUAUGAUAUGAUAAUUAUAUGCAAUGCAGAUAUCAGAGUCCAUAAAUAUAGAUGUGUCAGAACAUAACCCUGUUCAUUUAUUUGUAUUUACUAUCUGGUCCUUUACAGAGGAAAUUUGCUGACCCCUGAUUUAGUAUAUAGAGACACAUGGUUUCUCAGGUUCAGUAUUUCUCUUAGCUUCUUAUGCUGCUGUUUUCUGAGAUUGCUGCUUUGAUUCCUUCUUUCACUCUUCUUUAUGUAGUACCUAUGCCUUUGACCUUCAUAUAGUUUGACCUUCACGUGAUUUGCCUUUUUUUGGUAAUAAGCCAAGAACUCUGGCACUUUGUACUCGCCUGUGCUGCCGGUAGCUUCCGGGAUGUUCCCUUGGCACUGCAAACUUAGUGCGGUUCAAACUGAAUGAGUGGCCUACUCCAAAACUUCAUCUAACUUACUUCUGUUUAUGGCUUCUCUGUUUUCUGGUACCUGGGGCUGAACAAAUCCAGCUCUUUUAUUGCUGCCCUCUCAAUACCGUAUAGUCUCUUCUCUGCCCUAGUUGAACCACUCAUGUUUCUUGGAUUCUUGCAGUUUCUUAGCUGGUCUCUCUAACAUACUACUGAGGGGGAGGAUAAUUAAUGUCUGUAAAUAUACUUUUUAGGGUGCAAAAAUAUAAGUUCUUGAAUUAUUGAAUUGGGAUGUGUUUUUAGUAAGGAAGUAAUACAAAGCAUUGUAUAGCGACCAUUUCUGAUUAUUUCAUUACUUUCUCCUAUCACUUGAUUGUGUCAACAUCAUUGCCAAAUUACAGCACAUUCAGAAAUAAUGCUCUUUUUCAAAGAUAAUUCAGAUCAAAGUAUGGCAUCCAAGGCCACCUGUAAUAUGAUGCCAACCUUUUUUUUUUUUUAUUAAACCCUAUCUAUUUCAUUCUCCAUUUCAUAUAGUACUGAGUAAAGAAAGCUGCUGCAGAUCCCUGUAAAUACCAUUCCCUUUUAUUUGCUGCCUGUGUCACACUGCUUUUCUUGGAAUGCUUUCCAGUGUUACCCCAUCAUCUCCAUGAUAAUGUGCCUCAAGUUCAUGUUUUAACUAUUUAGUACAUGAAACAAAUAUUGAGGACUUGCACUGUUAGGAGCAUCAUCUUUCCUUUGGACUUGCAUGGUGUGUUUCUGUGUCUGAUCACAGGGACCACUUUCUAUUUUAUAUUACAGUUAAUCAGUGAAUGUUCCGUAUCUCCUUUUGCAAGGUUACAUAUUCUUGAGGGUCAGGUCUUUCAUUUCUGUCCUCUGUUCUGCUUUGCACAUAGGUCAAUGCUCACUUACCUGCCUUACGGGGGUCACUAUUCUUAUCUCUCUCAGACAGUUCUCAGAUACGAGGUAGCCUGCUGGUCUCUUGUGUUAGUAAGUUGCUUUCAAGUCAGUGCCCUUUGGGGGAGUUGUGUGCUUACCAGAAGUUAUGUUGGUUUCCAAGACUAUUUCAUGGCAGGUCAUUUCGCUUUUAUAAUAACUUAAAUAUCAUGUAAACUGAAGAAAUGAGUGCAAACUUUUUUUUUCCCCUGAAAACUGAGUUGGAUUCUCUGGAAAACCUUGAUAAAGGUGAGUCACUAAAAUAAUGGCUGUAGAAUUAGAUAUGGCUGCAAUAACUAAAAGUUUUGGAGGAAGAAUAACAACAGUAGUCCAGGAUGAUUCUACAUGUAAACUGCUUUACAAGGAUUUCUUAAAGCUUUCCACUCUAAUGAAGCUGGAAUGGAGAUUGUAGAUGAUGCAUUUUUAGAUAUGGUUUAGAUCAAGCAGAAGGAACGUCAGUCAGCAAGGAGCGCCACAUCAUCGACCCCAUUCUCCAAGUGCUUGACCCAAUGUUAUGAUUGGCAGAUGAAUAUACAUUUAUGUGUUUAACUUAAAUAAAAUGUUUAAGGUAUGUAUGUAUGAUUUUCUUGAUUUCUUACUUUAGCUUUAAUCCCUUUUUACUUAUUACUUUUGGAUAUGAUUGUUUUGGCUACACAGGCUUCUGCUUCAGUACAUGCUCUGAUUUUUGUUUUUUUAAUGAAUAGAAGAACAUAAGAUCUGAAAUGAAGAUACUGGCUGUGUUACGUUGGAAUAAACAAAGAACUGGCACUGGGAGAGUAGAAAGAGCUUUAGAGACAGUGAACCUGGUUUUGGUUCCUGGCACCUACCUCCUAGGAAUCUUAACACUUCUGGAUCCUCAUUUCUUUAUCUGUAAAAUGGGAGCAAUUCCUCAGUUGGGGAGUGUUUGAAGAUAAAAUGGUAACAUGAUCUUGGAAGUAGUAGGUGUUCAGUAUGUCAUUAAAGUAGCUUUGUGAUCUCAGGCAAGUUAUCAAACUUUUUGGUCCAGUUUUCCAUUAUUCCCACUUUAUUGAUGAAGAGACUCCAAAAGAAAUUUACUACAUGUAAGUUGCCAGAAUCCAAGACUGAGUCAAACCUGGAAUACAGUGCUUGCUUAAAAAUUUUUGAAUCAGUGGACAGGAGGCAUACUGCAUAAUAACUUGCACAGUAAUGAACAAGGUCGAGGUUUUGCAACUGUGAGAUGUAGAAUGUAUUUGUGAGGGAUCCCAUGAACUCACCUCUUAGAACAGAUUCUCUGUUAGACAGAUAAGUAGUGUUUAUUCAGCAGCUACCAGCCUUUGCCAGGCUGUGUGCACUGGGAUUCCUCAUCAGGAACUAAACUCUUUGCAUCUGGGCUUUGUGUUCAUUUCCUAUCUGACCCUGUGUAAGUAGUACUUAGUUAAGACUUAGUGUAUUAUUUAAGUGAGAUGAUUGGGAAAAGUGAAGAAUGGGAAGACUCUAAAAAGAAUUACUUUUGAUAGGCUGUAUCAAGGUGAUUUGAGGCAAGUAGGGGGAAAACUUAGUAUUUUAAUCUAUUCAGUAAAUGUUUGAUUGCUAACUGCCAAACUGCUGAAGCUUUAGGGAUGACCCAUUCUCGAUAGAAUCAACACAUGAAGCAGAUGGAUUAUAGCCCAUCGAUUUCUGCUGCUACAGGGUAUUUUCAGUUAGUAUUUUACUUUUCAUUUUUUGAUGCAGCAAUGUAUUGAAACAUUAUAUCUUUCUUUUAAUUGAUUUUAAGAUUCUUUCCAUUCCUAGAAUUAAAAUAAAAUAGUAUUAUUUUGCAUUAUAGCAAAUGUUGGCUGGAAUGUAUAUAUGUCAUUAACAUGCUUGAUUGUUUUUUUAGUAAUUGUUUUAUAAGCCAGGGGUACUUGUGACCAAGUCCAAAGUAAGACCAUUUAAAAGAGACAUUUUUUUCAUGUGUAUGUAACUGUUAGUCUUUUAAACCAACUUUGUUUCAGACUUAAUUUGUGACUUUUUUGGUUCCUGAUUAUUUUACUCUGAAGCUCCAUAAUGAGAUACUGGGUGGUAUAGGGUAUUGGGCACUGUAUGAAGCAGAGUUGAGAAAUGUGUGUGUGACUGUAUAAUGAAGAAACAAGAAUGUGACCAAGAAGAAUAGUAAUGGUGGUAACUUUUUAAAUCAUUUUCAUUGUGUUUGGAGAUGGCAGUGUGAAGUAUGAUUGUAUUCAUAGGUUAAUACAAGCUGUUUAAUAAAGUUGUCUAAGGAAUAGACAGGUUGUAUGUUGAAUUCUUAUACUAUGGGUAAGUAUGAAUUAGCCUUAGAUAACUGUGUCAUUGUUUGGAGUAUUGUAAUUCAAGAUUGGAAGGGGUUGAGUGGGCCUGUGGCAAAAUGGAAGAGCUGCUGAGGGUGCCUGUGUGUGCUGGUGGUACUGGUGCUUGCUGCUACAGUCCAAUUGCCAUGGGGAGUGUGGGCCUAGUUUUUGCCAGCUUGUCCUUUUCUUAUUCUGUUCCUAGCCAGAAAUCCAGAUUUUACAAGAAGUCUAAUUUUUAAGAUGUUGGUAACUAAAAAUAUUUAAGCACCAUGGACCUAAUGAAAUGUAUCUGUUGGUCAGAUAUGGCUAUCAUCUUGUAAUUUCUCAUUUAGAUGCAGGGCUUUUGAGGUUCUUUAAAGACAUGCUUAGUUACCUUUAGACCUCCUUUAGCAUUUUAGGUUUCAAAAAUUGCUGCUUACACAUUGACAAAACCCACCUUGUUAAUUGGCUAUUGGUUUACAGUAUGACUGGUAAUUACUUAGUAAAUUGUAAACAUGUUUAAUUCUUAAAAGUAGUAUCAAUUUCUAGCUUUGGACUAGUGGACUAUGUAUGCCCAUUUAGGCUAAAGUACACGUGUAGAUUUCAGAGAGUUGCACAAAGACUGAAGCAUGACUUGGUGUAAGCUGUCGGAAAUUGGUCUUCAUAGUCCACUUUGCGUGUCUGGGUGAUUGCUCACUUUAAGCAGGCAUUAGUGUAGCUUGGUUUAUACCCAUUGUACUGAAGUCUUAGAGGUAUGAAAUACUGCUUCCUGGAAAAGACUACUUUUAUCUAGAAAAUGACAUUUUUGCUCAGGGUAUGUCUGUGAAGUUCACAUGAGCUUAUAUGACCUAUAAUCCUUGGAAUAUAAUAUUACUAUGAAAAAAACUAGUUGCUCUUCUAGUCAGAGUAUGGAGUAAGAGGAUGAUACAAUAUUUUUAUUUUUGGCCAGGCUUCAUGUUUCCAUAGAAUGGAAGCCAAGUUAUUACCUUGACUGACUUUCCCUUUUUGUCUUUGUUACUUCCCCACUCCCACUCCAGAUCUAACAGCAAAUUGGAAAUAAACUCAGGUCCAGUUUGUUCUUCCCUAGCUUUCAAGCCCAGGGUACAGUUGAUCUGGUUUGGUACACUACCAUCCUCCCCCAACUCCCCACCCAUCAUUUUUGCUAUAAUUACAGUGCCCUAGUUAAGGGAGUCCUACCCACUUUGGGAAUACUUCAGUAGAGGUUGGUGUUGAUGAGAGUUUAAAAAUGGGAUUGCAAGUGAAAGCAGGGACUUACUAACAAAACCUCAACCUGGAGUUCUCAGUGCUCAUAGACUGACAUUUGCCUGCUUCUGCCCCAGCCUCAGGAAUUCCUGGUUUUGUCUUUGUUUAGACUUCAGUGUUUAAAACGUCUUCUUGACACCUACCUUGGCUGUUAAAAUGUUUUAAUUUUGUCAGGUGAAGAAACCCAGGUGCCACUAUAACAGCCAGAGUGCUGUGGAUGUAGUUCUGUAUGAAAAGUACACUGCCUGGUGGUCAGGCCUUAGCUCAGUUUGGAUUUCAGGUGCUGGGAGGGUCCUUGUGUGGAACCAGUAGGCAGUAUUUGCUUCUGUUAGAAGGAUGGUGGACCAGAGUCCCAGAUACCUGCUUUGUUUUCAGUUUGUGUUCAGAUAUCUUAUGUGCAAAUUAUGAAUAUAAGACAUUGUUCAGUACUGGUUUUGAUUAGGAUUUAAGGUGAGUUUCUGCUGCUGAAUGAAAAGCUGAAUUUGAGGGUAAGAUCUUUGCUAGGCAUAUGUUACAGAGAAGUUAUACUUGUGUCCUUUUUAAAAAUCUUUUCAACUGUUAUUAAGCAAACUUAUGAUCCAGUUAUAGGUUGUCUUGAUUGUCAUCCUUUUGCUGCUGGUGUACUACUUGCCUUCUGUUUUGUUAGCAGUUAUAUGAGAAAGCAGUUAUGUGAAGUAUAGUAUCUUGAAAACCUUAGACACCAGAUUUCCAUCAGGGAUGGUCUUUAGUCCAGCAGACUCUAGCAGUGCUGUUGGUCUCAGGAAUGCCAUUCUUUAUAUGGCCUGAGGGCCAGGAGCUUGUGCAAAUUCAGUGUAAGAUUAAAGUGAAAAAUCCCUCCUAAUGUCAUUUCCUUUAUUAAAUGUUUUAUCUGAUUAGGAUGAAAUAAUUGGAAGCCACUUGUAAUUUCAAGAUCUUCCACUUUCUGACAUGCAAGGAAAGUAGUUCUGAUCUUACUUCUCUGGAUUUUCAUACCAGUCUACUUGUUCUCUCUUGGAAAUGCAAGAGAACAAUCCAGCUGCAUUUGGAAUCUACAGCACCAUGCCUCAGUUUUAUGUUCACUUCUUAGGUUCAAUUCAGGACAUAAUUUCUACCAGUCCUUCAAAAUUUUAUUAAGUUAUCCUGUUUAUGGUCUUAUUUUUCACUUCUUGAAAAUCUUAUACUCCCCAACCUUAAGGAAAAUUAGACAGUUUUAAAAUUUUCUAAAAAAUAUCUGCCUGAGGAAACAUCCCAAUUUCAGAAUCUUCUAAUUUAUGACUUGGCCUCUUGGGAGAAUUAGAAUCUGGUCUACCAGGAAGACUCUUGUGUUUACAUUUUCUGGCCUCAGUCACAUGGGAAAAUGAAAAACUUUUUUGGCCUCUGUUCUUCUAGGAACAGUUUUUCUAGGAACAUAAAAUUGAAACCAAGUAGGAUGAGAACAGAAAACAUGAAGGUAAACCACCAAGUUGACCUGGUUAGAUAUUCUACCUCUAUAAAUCUUACGGUUUGUAAUACCUAAUUCUUAGUGGCUGGUUUAAUAAGCAGGGUGUGUGUGUGUGUAUUUUUUCCUUCCUUGAACAUGCAGCCAUCUGAAGUGUAGAUAGUGUGAUCUCCACUUUACAUAUGAAAAAACUGAAGCAGAAAAGUACCUGGGACCACACGGUUCAGCAAGUGGCCAAGUCUAAAGGCAGUCUCAAACUGAUCACUGCAUCUGUGAAAAAGAGUGCACAGAAUACUGGUAGUGGAGCUAACGAUCCCUUUAGACUGAAGGAAGUAUUUCACAUCUAUUUUGAGUGCCUACUAGGUACCAGCACUACCAUGUGUUUGGGGAACACAGUGGUAAACUAGGACAGUUCCAGCUUUUGUGGGGCUUACAUUCGAGUAAGGGAGACACACUGGCAAUGCUCUGAAGAGAAAAACAGCAGGAUAAGGGGACAAAACGGCAAAUUCUGUUUUCGUUAUAGUGUUCAGGCAAGGCUGAGACUUCAGUGAGGGACUGUGCCACGGCUGUUAACUGGGGGCAGAAGGGCAGGACCGGUGCAGAUGUCUUGGAGCAGUUAAAUUAACAUGCAUUCAGUUCAGCAGGCUUUUGUUUUAUAGGUCGUCUUCAAGUCUUGCCUGAAAGAAUUGGCAGUAUAUGACAGUUGUUUAAUGCCUCCUUUUUUCCUACAGGACUUUUAUUUAAUAAUCUUACUUUGAUGAUGAUGACUUGAAGUAUGCGUUUUUCCCAUUUUGUAGAAGUGAGAAUUAGACAUGGACUUGAGCAUACAUAAAACUGACUAGUUUAGUGAAUCUCUGUAUUGUACCCAUCACCCAGCUUCAACAGUUAAUGAACAUUUACCACUCUUCCUUUAUCUCCACCACCUUUCUCAUUCAUUCGUUCAUUUAUUUAUGCUGGAGUAUUUUAUAUUAACUUUAACUUAAAAUUUUAAACCUUAAGAAGAGUUAUAAGAACUGUUCAGUUAACACCUGUAUACUUUUCACCUAGAUUACUAAUUGUUUGAAUUUAUUUGUGCCCCCCCCCCCCCCCUUUUGGUUCUUUUUAAAAAAUCUGUACCAUUUGGGAGUUGCAGGCAUGGUUGAUGUGCCUUUCUUAGGAAUAAAGGCUUUGUUCCUAACUACAGCAUGCAUAACCAUUACACGCAUUUGACAUCAAUACAGUAUAAUUAUGGAAUGUUCAACUUGUGUUCAAAUUUACCUUUGUUAUUCCAGUGAUAUUCUUUAGUUCUUUAAUCCAGUAUUCAAUCAAGGAUCCUGCAUUUAGUUGUUUAGUCUCCUUGAUCUAGAGCAGUUUUCAAGCCAUUGUCAUUAACGACAGUGGCACUUUGAAGUAUUCAGUCCUGCUGCUUUGCAGCAUCCCUCAAUUUGGAUUUGUCUGGUUGCUUUCUCAUGAUUAAAGAUAGGUUAAACAUUGUUGGCCGGAAUGUUAAAUAGGGAUGUCAGUAUCCCAUGUCAGGAGGCAUGUCGAUUUGUCCCACUGUUGGGAAUGUCAGGUAGUCAUUUGGUUUAGGUGAUAUCCACCAGAUUGCUCCAUUAUAAAUGUACCUUUUUUCCUUUAGUAAUUAUUAAGUGAUUUAUGGAGUGACAAACUUGAGACCGAAUAUUUUCUCCAGCAGUCUUCCACUGGUUUUGGCAUCUGUUGAUAUUUCUGAAUCAGUAAUUGCUGAAGUACUUUAAAGCAAAUGCAAAUAUAAAAAUUCACCUGUAAAUAUUUAGUAUGUACCUAAAAGGUAAGGGCUUUAAAAACAACCACAAUGCCUUUAUGACACCUAACUCUAACUGUAAUUCCUGAACAUCUAAUAUCCAUGUUCAAGUGCCUUGAAUUGUCUCACAUGUUUCUCUGCAUUUGGUUUGCUUGAAUCUGAAUGCAGAUCAGGUUCACAGGUUAUAAUUACUUGAUGACCUCUUAAGUCUUACUCUAUAAUAGCUUUUCUACCCUUCCUCCCUUUGAAUUUGGUUGAUCACUUUCUGAUGUUUUAUGUGUGGUUCUGUUGCGGGUAUUUUCUGUGAACUGGCAGGUAGACAUUUGAUUAAAUUCAGGUUGUAUUUUGUUUUACAAGUGUUCCUGGGUGUAGCAUCACAUGAGGAGACACAUAUGUCUGCCUUCUAGAGAUAAGAGUAAGUCUUGGUGGGUGCAAAUACUGUCAGCCUCAUCCAUCCAUUCUAAAGUUCCCACAUCAACCUUUCACCUAAGAGUUCUAGCAUCCACUAUAUCAUUGCCUGGGGAUGUUAUUUCUUUUUGUAGGGAUUACAAAUGGUGAUUUUCUAAUUGCAUCAUUCCUUCUGUAUUGAUGAGCUAGAUUUUUUUCUGACUUACGUUUAUUUCUACUUUUUAAUAUAUCUCUUCCUAGGGAGUGUUGUAAACGAUAACAUUUUUCAUCUUUACUUCACAGACGAUGUUUCUGGACUCUCUUAGUAACUCUGAUAUGUCCUCAACUUUCUUAUCUGUAAAUUGAGGAUGAUUAUCAUGCCUACCUUUUGGAUUUUUGUGAGGAUUAAAUGAGCUGGUACAUGUAGUGUAAAAAUGGUACCUGGCACUCGUGUUGGUAAGUGCUAGUUAUUAAUAUAAUGUUUUCAGUUUUGUGGGAACAUUUAACUCUUCAAGUGUAGUAGAGGGACAGAGAUGAGAGAGGGUCUUCCUGUGUUGACAUCAGCAGGAGUCUUGGACUUGUUUAGAGUGAACCGAAGGGUAGUGCUGCUUGCCCAAAACAGCCUUUCCUUUUCUGUCUGCAUGGGAACAGCCAUAGUACAAGAAGCACUUGUGUAUGGACCGUCUGUGUGUAACACUGCACAUUGUGAACUGGAUGUUCACAAUUGUAGAGGUAAAAUCUGGAGCACAUUCUGGAAUGGAAUUAGUACAGUGAAGGGAAGUAGUUUGGUAGGUAGGAUGAAGUGACUCCAGACACAGGUUUUUACUGUGUUGUGACCGAUUGAGAUUUUUAUCUGAAUAAAGGGCAGCAUUCUUGCCUAGUCUGAUUUGCCUUUUGCUAUUCUGCACACUCUCAAUUAGAGCUGAUGGGGACUCCUAAUCACUGUGGCAGGGGAGGAAAUGCUCUACUCCUUCUUGGCCUUUUCAUCUGCCAUCUCUUAUUGCUUAAAAAACCCUGACUUUUUUAUUGAUGAUUAUAUAGGAUAUUGGAAAUUUAACACUCUUAAUCAGGUACUUAGUCAUUAAUAUUCAUUCGUUUAACAAACACUUGAGCUUCUGAAAUGUUCAAGACAGGGUUCUAGACACAGACCACAUCAGUGAAUAACACAGACAAGAGUCUUUGCCCUCAUGGAGUUUACAUUCUGGUAGUGAGGGGACAGUAAACAUGAGGGAGUUUUGUAAUAUGUUACAAGCUGUUGUGUGGUAUGGAAAAAAGUAAAACAGGAUAUGGAAGGAUUGAGAUGGCUAGGAAAAUUACUUUUGAGCAAAGAUAGCAAUGAGAGGAGAGCAAGUCUUGGGAAAGUCUGGGGGUGCAGGGUGUACCCUGCCUAGGGAGUGGCAGUGUCAAGGCCCAGAGGCGUGUUUGGUAUGUUGUGUGUUGUGAGUGAAGAGGUGAUUGCUUACUGUGUUAUUGCCCUGUAGUGCGCCAAGGGCCAGAGCUAGGAAACAAGUUGAUAGGCUGGGGCAGUUAACUGGACAAGAUGGAAUGGUGAUUUGGACCAGGGUGCUAGCAGUUGAGAUGUUAAGGGGUCUGAUUCUGGAUCUGUUUUUGAGGUAAAGCCAACAGACUUUGCUAAUGAAUUGAUUCUGUGUGGGUUGAGAGAAAAAGUGAACAAGCCUUCAAGGAUGACUGAUCAUUUUUGGCCUGAGCAAUAGUGAGGAUGGAGUUGCCAUUCUCUGAGACGACAAAGAUUGAGAGUAGAACAGCUUUAAGGGGGAUGAGCCAAAUUACUCAUACUCUCAAAGAAAAGGAUAGGUGGUUACAAACACUUGAUUCAGUAAGAACAGUGGUCUAUGGAUUUUACUAUAAUUCGUAUCUGUACAUCAUACAGCCGAUUCUUUUAGCUAAUGUCUUAAAAAGAUGUGAGAGUUAGCAGAUGAAGGAAGAUUGACUAAGAUUCAUAUAGCCCAUGGUAACAAGGUCAGGUGUAGAACAGACUUUGAGACUUUUUUUUUUUUAAUCUCUGGGAGGGCUAAUUCACACUGAUAAAGAGAAUGAAGGCAAAAGGCUUGGACUUGGAUGGUGAGAAGCUGGCUAAGCCCUGAAUUUUCUGCUCUGUGUGUUUUCACUUACUUAAGAAGCCUGUGCCUGGGACUUUUCUUUUAAAUCUCUUCAUAUUCUUCUUAAAUAUAUUCUUCACAUAUAAUCAUAUGUAAAUACUUCAGUUGGAUUUUAUCCUAUGCACAUGCACUGUUUGCAGUCUGUUUUGUUAAAAUUUGUUAUAUAUACAUCUCAGGUGUUUUCUCUGCAAGCACAGACAUUUGAAACAUGGAUGAUGUUGCAUGGUCCUUUAUUAGUUAGUAUUGUUUAUGUUUCUAUCAAUAAACUUCCUUUUCAUGGAAGGUAGUAUUGCCUAGCAAUUAAGGAGAGAAGCUAUUUAGAAAUAGAUGGGAGUACAAAUCCUGAUAUAAUGCAAAUAACUGUGUCCAGGACCUUAUACUACCUCCUUGGUUUCACUUUUCUCAUCUGUAAAAUGAUCAUAAUAACUGUACUUACUCCAUAAUUGUUGUGAAGAUUAAAUUAAUGCACUCUACACUCUAGGGACAGUACCUACAGGAUGUUAGGAUCUGGUUACUGUCAGGUUUUUAUUUUUUAAUCUCCAUUAUCUAUAACUCACUUAUCUUUGAUAAUCAGUCUUUUGGAAGCAAAUAAAGUUCAAGAAGCUGAGCCUCUUAAAUUCUUCUCGUUAAAAGUUAACACAAAUGUUUAGUCAUUGGGAUUACAAUAUACGGUAUCAUAGGCAUUACUGUUCUAUUAUUUCACAUUUUCACCUCUCUCAAAAAAAAUAGAUAAUUGGAGUUUGCUCCACGCACAUGUUUUGAUACCCACAUGAAGGUUGAAACCAGUGGGAGUUCCAAAGUUGCCCCCAUAGCCAAAGGGUCUUCAUUCUCUGAGACAUCUUUAAAAAGUAAAAAAUGAAACAAAGAAAACAAAAACACAACAUUGUGAGCCACACUUCUACAUUCAUAGAAACAAAUUAAAGUGAAGAUAUCUUGGGGAAUAUAUAUAUACACACACAUAUAUAUAUGUGUGUGUAUAUAUAUAAAAUAAAUCUGGUGGUUUAUGAACUUUUCUAGGUGAAUAAGAUUUUAUCUGGUUUGCUUACAUGGGAAACUAUCCCUCCCAACCACCUGCUGCAAUGAUUUGCUAAAAGUAGAACUGUUCUGGUUGGUAGGGUGAUGCUGGAGUUAUCCUGCCCACUCUGCCUUGACUCUCACCCCUGUGAUGGUACAUGGGGACUAGAAACCCUCAGAAUAUAGUUUGGAUGCCGUUUGAGUUCAAUUAAGGUUUCAUACAUUUCUUACGUACUUUUGAAAACUUGAAUAGUCGAGGUUGGAGGUAUAAUAGAAAUAUUUUGCCAAAGAGAUUUAAGGGCAAACUCCUUGAAAUGUUUUAAGGAUUGCUUUCUCAUAUGAUUAUAUACAAUGUUGUUUUCAGCCCGCUUGUAAUUUAAAAUUGGCUGGAAUUCAUAUCAGUUGUAUUAGAAACACUUUCAGGUGUCACUGAUACACUGCUAGCAUAACCAAGCUCUACAUUUUUAAAGUGAGGUUUGAGGAAGGUCUUAUAUGAGUAUGUAUAUACUACAUACCAAGCACCAUCAACCUAUUCCAUUAGUGGAAUUUGCUUUACCGAAUCUUGAAUCAAGAUGACAAAAGUAAAAAUGAGUAUGAAAAGUCUGUAAGUAGAAUUUUCUGUGAACUUGGGGCUGGAGAAAGGGUUGUAUUGUACUUGAAGUGAUGUAAAUUGAAGCUAAUGGUUGAUGAGGUGGUUGGGAGCCUGUUUAAAAUAUUUGUGAGAGAACUGCGUAUUUAAUACAGUAUUUUUUUUAGUUCUUUUAUCUAUAAAUAACAUUUAUGAGGAUCCUAAAAUGCCUGGUGUAUAGUUGACAGUUUAAUUUGAAAGAAGCCAGUACCUUGACUUCCGGUCUAUCCAAGUUGUGGAAGGUAAAGUGACAUUUACUGAGCACCUGCCUGUAGCAGUAGGCAAUAUUACACACUGUGUGUUGUUCCUUAAUAAAUCAUUAAGAGCUAGGUGGUGGUUUCAUUUUACAAAUGAGAGAAUUGAGGCUCAUAGAGAUUGUUACUUGCCUAAGAUUCUGAAGCUAACAAGUGACAGAGCUUGGAUCCCAGCCCUUCAAGGCUUGUCUGCUUUCUUGAUCACAUCACCUACCCAAAUAAGUUUUCGGAGGUGUCCGUAUGUUCUGUAACCCUUAAAUUGUUAGUUGGUAAAGGGAGUAUUUUCCAUUGGAUCAGAAAAUGAGCAAGACUUGGCAAGCCUACUAUUGACAGUACUAAGCUCUGCCUGUUCAGCUUGUCCUUUUGAGUGUGUGGUCAUGUGGUCUCUAAGUCGACCCCAAAGCUAAAAACAUUAUGGUUUGGUCACUUUAUGAGGGUCACUGUGUUCUACCCUUUGUUAGUCCACGUGCCUUCAUAGAGUGAAUUAUGACUUGGAGCCCUGAUGGCUUUAGGGAUUGUUUUUCUUGUCCUUUUUUUUGAAUUUUAAUGGCAGAUGACUUCUUUUUAGAGUGAUGCUGGAUGUUACAGAUUGUCCCAGAGUAACUUCCUAGUUACUUCCCUAGAUAAUAGAAGAGAGAUGUUAGAUUUAGUGAUUAUAACUAAUUAUAUUUUGAUUAUAUUACCUGAAGGAGUUUAAUAGCUGAUUUAAAUUUGGUCUUCUAUUUUACUCUUUCUAGUUGUUCAAACACAGCCAAUAUUCAUGUACACUUCUACAGUUUGGAUUAAUUCUACAGUUGUAAUUUAAUUCAUCCAAGUACAUGCAAAUGGUACCAAAAUUGUAUUCUAAUUUUGUGCAGAACUAUCAACAAAACAUUACUUUCUGAGAAGGAAGACCUUUCAUGUUGGGGGAGUCUCUCUGUUUCACCAUCCUUGUGUUUGAAAUUGGCUAAAUUUAUUACACUAGCCAUCACAACCAGGGCACCAUUUCUUUAUACAUUCUACAGGUAUUAUUCUCAUUGUAGAAAUAAUUGUUUUCUUAAAAAUACACUACUGUGGAACUGAGUCACAUACUUAUCAUUACUAUGCCUACUUUAUUACUUGUCCCACAUUUCUCACUCAUUAACUUGAACCAGCUUAGUCCUAGAAAUACAAAAACAUAAAUUAAAAAGCUUCAUUUUUAGCUGAAGAAAAAUUUUUCCCAUGUAUAUUCUUCCUAAAAAUAAACUGUGGAUAAUGUUCAUUUUAUUUUUGUUGUCAAAAUGUUUACUUCUAUAGAAAAAUGAGGAAAAAUAUGCCAAACUUAUAUUGUAUAUUUUAUUUGGAACCAUUUUUAGGAAUCACACAGUUUUUCUCCUUAAAGUUCAAAGCUGUGACAAAUCUACUAAUGACUAGAAUGUGAAAUUUGGCUGAAUUGUGUUUUUAUGUCUUUCUGCAAACUAAUUUGACCUAUUUUUGGUUUUGUUUUUUUUUUUUUUUUUCCUUUUCCAGUCUUUACCAGGUGCUGGUCUCUGGAUAUUUUUUGUUUAAAUUGAAAAAAAAUCUUAAAUCCGCCCACAGACUGGUAUGGUAUCCAGUGAGACAUGGGGAUUGCCAGCAGUGGCUUUUGAAGGGUCUGAAGAGGCAGAAAGAGUUGAGAACUUGGCCUUGAGCUAGUUUUUGGCCACUCUCUGCUACCUUUCCUGUGGGCAGAACAUCUUUUCUCUCAAGCUUGCCUGCUGUUUUAGAGAAGUUAGGGGUUAGACCACUCUGCGUGUUCAUCCGGGAGCAGGAUAUGGCUUAGGUAUCUGACUUGCAUUGUAUUUGACAAUGAAGAGCAGUGUUACUGAUUUUGGCAGUGCCUCCUAGUGAUUGGAGAAAGGAGGGCUGGUUUUGUUUCUGAGCACUUUGUUCUUUGAACAAAUAAGCUGCUGCAGCAGCCGCUACAACACAUAUCCCACUUCACCUUCUCUCCACACAGAAACAAAAACACUCCAUAUUUGUCCCUUCUUGAGGACACACAUAGUCAACUACUGCCAGUGGGAAGAGUGAAACCUGAAAUGGUCCUUCAGACCAUUGAGCUUGGCUUACACAGCUAGAUCUGUGUAAAUUGGAACAAAAUGGCAAGAGUAUGGCUUGGGUGCUGGAUGGCAGAGAGCUCUGUUGAAGGCAGGGCUCACGUUAACUGCCAAGUACAGGUUUCUUUGUAGUUGAGGACCUGACUCUUAUACUGAAAGAUUAAAAACAUCCUUUAAAAUAAUGUUUAUUAAUCAUCUGAUUAGAUUUUAUAAAAAAUUUAGGCAAUUCUUCCUAAAUAAUGUCCAAAGUAUUUCUUUAAUAACUUGAAUGUUUUGGAGGGCAGGGAAAGUAGUCAUAGACAUAUGACCAGCUUCAGUAUUUGGCAAAUAGGAAGUGAUACAAAUCCCAGCUUUCAGUGUAUUUUAUGCUUUUGUGUGCGGCAGUUUUACUCAAGCCAGUUAUUACUGACACUGGCUUUUAAGAGAAAGGAUUUUAGCUUUUUUAGUAUAAUUGUUGUAGCUCUUUACACUUGAAAAAGACAUAAAGAUGGGUUCGAGUCACUUCUACAUGAUAGCAUUGUUACAUAGACCUAAUAACCUCAUUCGGUAGAGCAUUUAUCUUUAGGCAUUACUUUUAGCUCUUUGCCAGUGAGAUUAGUACUGUGGUCCAUUUUGAACAGUUUUGAAAAGAGGUAACUUUUAGUAUCAUUUGUAGGACUUAAAAAGUUUGCUCCUAAUUCUCAAAGGAAAAUGUCUAGAUUCAUCAAAAAGCAUCUGCUUUGCCAAGCAUAGAAAACAUUGCACUCUGAGGAUGCCUUAUAAAAGGAGAAAUCGCUUUAGAAGUUACCAUGUGGAAGGCAUUAGGUUGAGUAACAAAGUGUUUUUCAUAUUGAUCUUCCAGCUACAAUUACAAUUAACUUUGAAGAUUCAGAAUUUGUCUUCUUCCAGGAGAAAAACUGUCAUAUUCAUAAACUCAGUUUUAGGGUUGGUACAGUAGGCUUCACUAGACUUAGCUGCAACUCAGAAUUUCUCCUCCAGCACCUGAGUAAAUGCUGAUGGUCUUGUGGAGAGUGGAUUAAGAGUACGAGCUAAGUUCUCAAUCCCAAUUAAGAAGCGGAGGAAAAUUUAAACUGUCUCCUUCAAAGUUUAUCACAACCACCACCAUCAAGACAGCAAACCAAAGGACAAAGACUUUGACCUGCUGUGUCACUCUGUAUAGUCCGGUUCACGUAUGGUUUACGGACUUGACUGGGGUUACUAAUGAGUAAAUAAAAAGUUGGACACUUCUGUCAUUGGACACUUUUAUUCACAAAGUUUCCAAAAUGAGGGCUGUGCUGGAGACGGCAGACAUUGCCAUAGUGGCCCUGUAUUUUAUCCUGGUCAUGUGCAUUGGUUUUUUUGCCAUGUGGAAAUCUAAUAGAAGCACCGUGAGUGGAUACUUCCUGGCGGGGCGCUCUAUGACCUGGGUAGCAAUUGGUGCCUCUCUGUUUGUGAGCAAUAUUGGGAGUGAGCACUUCAUUGGUCUGGCAGGAUCUGGAGCUGCAAGUGGAUUUGCAGUGGGCGCAUGGGAAUUCAAUGCCUUACUGCUUUUGCAACUUCUGGGAUGGGUUUUUAUCCCGAUUUACAUCCGGUCAGGGGUAUACACCAUGCCUGAAUACUUGUCCAAGCGAUUUGGUGGCCAUAGGAUUCAGGUAUAUUUUGCAGCCUUGUCUCUGAUUCUCUAUAUCUUCACCAAGCUCUCAGUGGAUUUGUAUUCGGGUGCCCUCUUUAUCCAGGAGUCUUUGGGUUGGAACCUUUAUGUGUCUGUCAUCCUGCUCAUUGGCAUGACUGCUUUGCUGACUGUCACCGGAGGCCUUGUUGCAGUAAUCUACACAGACACUCUGCAGGCUCUGCUCAUGAUCGUGGGGGCACUCACACUUAUGAUUAUUAGCAUGAUGGAGAUUGGCGGGUUUGAGGAAGUUAAGAGAAGGUACAUGUUGGCUUCACCCAAUGUCACCUCCAUCUUGUUGACGUACAACCUUUCCAACACAAAUUCUUGUAAUGUCCACCCUAAGAAAGAUGCACUGAAAAUGUUGCGGAAUCCAACAGAUGAAGAUGUUCCUUGGCCUGGAUUCAUUCUUGGACAGACCCCAGCUUCAGUAUGGUACUGGUGUGCUGACCAAGUCAUCGUGCAAAGGGUCCUAGCGGCUAAAAACAUUGCUCAUGCCAAAGGCUCUACUCUAAUGGCUGGCUUCUUGAAGCUUCUGCCAAUGUUUAUCAUAGUUGUCCCAGGAAUGAUUUCCAGGAUACUGUUUGCUGAUGAUAUAGCUUGCAUCAACCCAGAGCACUGCAUGCAAGUGUGUGGAAGCAGAGCUGGGUGCUCUAAUAUUGCUUACCCACGUCUGGUGAUGAAGCUGGUUCCUGUGGGCCUCCGGGGCUUAAUGAUGGCGGUGAUGAUUGCAGCUCUGAUGAGUGACUUGGACUCUAUCUUUAACAGUGCCAGUACCAUAUUCACCCUCGAUGUGUACAAACUCAUACGCAAAAGCGCAAGCUCCCGAGAACUAAUGAUUGUGGGGAGGAUAUUUGUAGCUUUUAUGGUGGUGAUCAGCAUUGCGUGGGUGCCCAUCAUCGUGGAGAUGCAAGGAGGCCAGAUGUACCUUUAUAUUCAGGAGGUAGCAGAUUACCUGACGCCCCCAGUUGCGGCCCUGUUCCUUCUGGCGAUUUUCUGGAAGCGCUGCAAUGAACAAGGGGCUUUCUAUGGUGGAAUGGCUGGCUUUAUUCUUGGAGCAGUCCGUUUGACACUGGCCUUUGCCUACCGUGCCCCAGAAUGUGACCAACCUGAUAACAGGCCAGGCUUCAUCAAAGACAUCCAUUACAUGUAUGUGGCCACAGCAUUGUUUUGGGUCACAGGACUUAUUACUGUAAUUGUUAGCCUUCUCACACCACCUCCCACGAAGGAACAGAUUCGUACCACCACCUUUUGGUCUAAGAAGAUCCUGGUGACGAAGGAGAGCUGCUCCCCGAAAGACGAACCAUACAAAAUGCAAGAGAAGAGCAUUCUGAGAUGCAGUGAGAAUAGUGAGGCCAUCAACAAUGUCAUUCCCAAUGGGAAAUCUGAAGAUAGUAUUAAGGGCCUGCAGCCUGAAGAUGUUAAUUUGUUGGUGACUUGCAGAGAGGAGGGCAACCCAGUGGCUUCCUUAGGUCAUUCAGAAGCGGAAACACCAGUUGAUGCUUAUUCCAAUGGGCAAGCAGCUCUCAUGGGUGAGAAAGAAAGAAAGAAAGAAACAGAGGAUGGAGGCCGGUACUGGAAGUUCAUAGAUUGGUUCUGUGGCUUUAAGAGUAAGAGCCUCAGCAAGAGGAGUCUCAGAGACCUGAUGGAGGAGGAGGCUGUUUGUUUACAAAUGUUGGAAGAACCUCCACAAGUUAAACUAAUACUAAAUAUUGGACUUUUUGCUGUGUGUUCCCUUGGAAUUUUCAUGUUUGUUUAUUUUUCCUUAUGAACUUUAAAGGAUAUGAUGAGACACUAACUUAAAGAAAAUACUGGUCUUUGAAAAAAAAAACACCUUAUGUAACUGUUGCAUCUCUCAGGCAUUGUUUACGCUGUAGGUUUUAGCCAAAUUUUACUUAGCAGAAAAUCAUCUAUUUGCAAGACUUUAUUUUCCCAGAGAUGGAUGAAAGUAAAAUUUCAGCUUAAAUGAAGUAAAACUUGUUUAACAGACUGAAUUGUGCACAUGUGGUUUAAAAUUUUUCAUACCAAAGUAAGGAGAGACCAAUUAUUCUCAUAGAUCACUUAGAGCAGAAUAUAUGCUAAGAUGUCAUGAAUAAGGUAUACUGUCUGCACUGCCAAAUCUUGGUAGACCUUCUUACCCUGAAGUAGAAGACUUGCUCAUUUUGAAGUUUUUUCUGUCUCUAUAAUCCCUACUAUCAUUAAAAACAAAAAAAGUGAAUUUGUAGACAUUGUAUAAUCAAUUAUGUACUGAAAAUCUAACUUGUGCUUGUGGGGAACUUGUUUCAGGACAAGUUAGUUUGCCAGGUUUAUUUUGUUAGCAUGAGCCUAUGGAUUCGGAAUGCUGAAAGAAAAGAAGAAUGUUUUCCUGUAGCUAUUCUUGUACCACCAGUGUAUAGAAUGUUGGGAAACAGUUUUGUUCUGGUUAUUUUGUUUUUCUUUUUUCUUUGAAGUUUAAGUGAACCAUACCCAAAUGACCACCAAGUCUGUCUUUAUAAAGUUAUGUGUCAUGACUGUAUUGUGAAAUGAUUAUGGGGGAGAAAAUGAAGUAAGCGUUGCUGAUGACCCCCAAAUUUAAAAUACUGACCAAAUUAAGAUUGUUUAUAUAGUUUGGGAAUUAGCAGCCCCUAAGCAGUGUUCAGGCAGCUUAAGCUGAACAGGUGAUUACUCAUACUCCAUUAAUUCUCUAGCUUUGUUCUUGUCAUUGGUAACAUACUUACAUACUUUACUAGCCAGGUACUUUCCCAAGUGGAUCCAUUUGGAAGAUGUGUACAGAAAUUUGAAGAAAAAUUAACGCUGCCCUUUGGCUGGGUUGCCCUACUUAAUUGUAUCAUGAUAUAUUGAGGUUGAGUUUUUAGAGUGAAAAUUUAAUUUUAAGAUCAUAUUGUAUCCUUGAUGAGUUAUUUUUCCCUAAUUUACUUUUUUUCAAAAGGCUUGCCAUCUGUACACAGCCUCUACAUUUUUGUUUAAAAACCUAGUGACAUAGAACAUGAGGAUAUUUCAGUGCAAACUGGCCAUUAGUAGCAGAAAACUCAAGAGUGCAUGCUUUGCCAUUGGUAGCUUGUCAGAUGGUCUUUCUGUAGAAUGGAUAGUAUGUUCAGAAGGUGCCAUGAACAAGAACUUCUGGGUUUAGUAGUGUGUCUUGUGGAGAUUACAGGACUUGUGUAAUUGUAAGACCCUCUGUCUUGACAUGGCUUGGUACCCAGUUGCAGCCUUUGUGGAUGAGAGUCUGUUUUUCACAGACUGAUUCCCCUUUGUGAGGACAGGGUACGUACAAAAGAUGUUUGAGAAAAGCGCAACAGAUAUGUAGUUCUUUGUGUGUGCUCUUCACUGUCCUUCUUCCUCCAUGACAGAUGAAGGAAACUAUUUGUGUAUCUACUUUCUUUGACUUUUCCAUAAUCUCUGAUAUUUUUUUAAAUUGCAUGAUUUUAUUAAUCUUGUAUUCUUUAGGGAAAAUUAUUACUUUUUUAGAUACUUUUGUAGAUUUUGAAUCAAAACUCAGUCCUAAUGACUUUACAUUUUUUUUGUAUUCUGUAAACUAGUUUCAUUAUGAUAGACUUGAUUUGUCCAAAGUUGAUUUUAGAAAUUAUCAGGUAGCAUAAUGUCUUCCCAUCUCCAGGAGGCUUUCUGAUGGACUGAGUCUGUAUAUGAAAAAAAAUUAAAAAUUCAUAUAUGAAUAGCAUGAUUUCUGAGAGCUUAGAGUGAGUGCCUUGUAGAAUUUUUUUUCUCAGUUUCAUUCUUAAGGUUUAUAAGCUGGGGGCCAAAUAAAUAGGGACCAUCCUUUUCUUGUGUGGAGGCUGAAGCUGUGACAUAUCCAAGGCUACAAGGUUAUUGGGAAGAGCAGAAAAUCAGGUGUCCAAAUCUGGACUCCUGGUUUGUCCUCUUCUUUUCUCAAAGGAACUGUCCUUCCUUUGAGACAACCUUUGGUAUUUGGGGAAAUAAUAGGAUCUUAGACUUUUCAAAUUGGCGUUAAGUUAUAGGAAUUAAAAUUUCCUUUGACUCUGAACACAUUGCUGUGUAACUCAACAGGGAGAAUUGACAUAAUGACUGGGCAGCUUUCUUACCCCUUCUAUUAAAAGCAUAAAAAAGUAGGUGGUGUUUAAGUGGAUUUUCCCCCCCUUUAUUUAAUGUUGAGCCCUAAUAGUUUGGAGCGCUAGCGUCCCCCUGCCUUCUCUCUGCUCUUGUUUAGUAUGAUGCAUAAAAUACGUCAUCUCAUGUCUAUUUGUGUGUAUAUAGCAUUAGGUCAAGUUUAGAGCACUAAUGUUUGUAAAUAAGGAAUGAUUAUUAGCAUAUCCAUUAGGAUUGUUUAUUCUUGCCAGUAUAAACAUCACUUUAUUUAGACUGAAGUCCCUGAAGCUUGCCCUUUUACUGCUUUCCAGUAAUAGAUAAUGUGCUUGAAUAAGUAUGUGAAUUCCUGAUUGCAACUUAAUUUCAGGGGACCAUUCUGAAGUCCGUGUUUCAUAAGAAUGAUUGUUCAUGGAGUGAUACAUGAUCUGUCUUAAAGCUAGCAAAGUAGUGAUACUUUACAUCAAUAAAUGGGUCCUAGAUGAUGACAUUGAUAUCUAGACAUUAACAUGUAUAUAUUUACAUAUUGGCUCAAGUUAAGGUUCAGAAUUGGCUAAGAAUAAUAUUGAUGAAAAGAGUCAAAAUGAAGUGGGGACACUGGUGUUCAGAAGUGGAGAAAUACAUUCUUACCUGCUGUUAGUGGUAUCCCCAGGACUUAAAUUUUUGUCCUGUUAGGCAAUCUUUGUCCUAAGAACUGAUGAGAAGAGAUUAUUACCCUGACAUGCAGAAUGAUUAUUGAUUCCUUUGUGGGACCUUUAAUUUCCCUGUUCAUGUAGAAUAUUUUGUCCUCCCACCCUGGGAUAGUAAGUGCUUUUGAAACGGCUGAGCCAAUCUUUCCUCCCAGCCUUUCUUUCAUGGUGAGGUUAUCACUCUUAUCUUCAGGUUGGAGAAGCAUCAAGCAGUAGGAAUGGUGCUGUGUCCUUUGGCCUAAAUCCAGCAGAUUUGAUCCCCAAGGCUUCCUUUUCACUUGGCUCAAAGGAUCAUUUGUCUUUUUGAAUAAAAAAGGCUGGCCAGGGUCACAAAAUCCUAGCUCUUAGGAAUGGCACUUUAAGUAAUUUGCAGGGACCUAUCACUUCAUGAAACUUCACAUUUUGAGAAUUGAGUGGGAAGAUUGUUACUCAAUUCUCUAACCUGAGCCUAAGGCAGAGCUUGAAAGUCCAGGGCAGGGUGGUUAGCCUCUACAUUUCUCAGUCCAUUGCUGUCUUCCCUGCUUGGGGUGUGUGGAUCUUUCCCUUUCUCUUUACAUAUAAUUUAAUGCAGCGUAUAGGUUAUUCUCAUUCUUUUGCUACCCUGUAGACUGGCUGUAUUAUUAGCUACUAAAAGGUUAGACCCAUCAAUGUUCCCAUUUGGCAGUGUUCGGCUUACUUGCUUUUCUAAUUUUUUUGGUUUGUUUUUGUUUUUGUAUUAUGGGGGGCAGUAAAUUAGGUUUACUUAUUUAUUUUUAGAGGAGACACUGGGGAUUGAACCCAGGACCUUGUGUAUAUUAAGCAUGCACUCUACCACUUGAGCUAAACUCUCCCCCCUUACUUGCUUUUCUUAUACUUUACUCCCUUAUAUUGUUUUUCUCUGAGGUAUUAUGGCUGGAAAUGACCACGUGGGUAUCUAGUAGUUACACCUCACCAUUCCCUGAGUUUGGGUUGAGAGAUAUAUAAGUACCAGUCCCGUUAAAUUAUGUGAUUACAGAGACUUGCCAGGACAAAACUGUCCUAAAAAGUCAUAAAAACUAUUAAGAGAGAUACUGAGAAGUACCUGGGUGAUACACACUUAACAAGUUGGUAAAGGACAAAAUUAGCUUAAUAUGUGUUAGAUGUAGAAUCAUAUUCAUUGAACUCUAGAACUUGAAGUAUCUUUGCUAUCAGCUAGUUUAAACCCCUCCCCGUAUAGACUAGGGUACCAAUGAAUAAGAUCCAGCCUGUUAAACCCUGGUUUGAUAUUAAAUAUUGUAAAGUAUGAGUUUAUUAACAUAUUUGAGGUUAAAAUGACAAUAUUCCAUACUGAUACUUUAGCUAAUAAAAUUUCUUAUUAGCUAGGUUUUAAAUUGCUUAAGUCAUUUCAGUGUUGAUGUUAGCCUGAGCAGACUUUACAAAUACGAUAUAUUCCUAUUUGUAUGUAUGUCCACCUGCUAUUCAGAGAGACUGGUCUUCCCCUUUAUUUGUCUGCCCUCAAACAUUGCUUUAAUUAUUCACCUGUUCUGUCUUUCAAUACUUAUCAAAUUCCCAUUUUGAUCUUUUGUCAGCUUAAUUCACUUUCAGACUUACUGCCAUGGUGUGCGAAAGUGCUGCUUUGCCUCAGUUUUGAAGACUUGGAUCCAAAUAAUGAUUCAUUAAAUAUAGUUGUGUUUAAAUAUACUAAAUUUCUAUUAGUUUAAACCAUUUAUUCUCCAGAAUUAUUUUCUCAGACUUUGUUUUCACUAAUGAUAAGAGCCCUAAUAAUUCAUUAAUAUUUUAUUCUCAAAACUCCUUUUUCAAAAUUAGAGAGGAGGCAACAAUAAUUAAAAUUCACACCAGCCCCUUUGAAAUGAUGAUAUCACAGUGCAGAGAGGAAUGGAGUUUGUUUUGAUGCCAAAAAGCCUUGUUCUCGCAGUAAUUAAAGGUAAAAAGUUGGAACUAGUCAGUUGGCAUUUAGAGAAAUCCUUUGUACUAGUUAGAUAUGAAGCUGGAUUAAGUUACAAAGUGAUCUUUUGAUUACUACAGUUGGUUAGACUUGGUUGACAUAACUCAGGGCUGCAAACCCCUUUGCCUCCAUUAAGGUAACUUCUCUUAAUUUGGCAUGCUUUUUGUCACACUCACCUCUCUUGGAAGAGUAGAUAGAUAUUCAGCUACUUUGACUCCAGAACAGGAUUUAGCUAAGGUUCAAAAUAAUUAAUAGGCUUUACUAGUGCUGAGUCCCACACCAUUAUUCACAGUCAUAUAAAUGUUUUUAUUUAAAAUUCUCUCCAGAGCUGGGAAUUAAGGCUUUAAACUACUGAUUCACCUUUAAAGGAAUGUUGUGAGAAUUGAUAUAAUUUAUGUUUCUGUUUCCAUCUCAAAUCCUUUAUAAAAGAUAGGAUUUAGCUUUUUGUUUUGUGUUAAGCACCCCAUUUAUCUGAUAACUAACAGCCCUAAACAUUAGCAUUAUAGUCUUUUACUCAAAAGUAAACAAAAAUGGUUGGUUGUAUCUGGAUCAUUACUCAUCUCGUGCACUUUACUUUUUUGGGGAGGACGUAAUCUGAGACUGUUGACUUAACCAAUAACCUUAAUUUAUGUAAUGACUUUUAAAGUUUGGUUUGGUUACCUAGAUUUAUAGCAUGUUUGAAGAAAGUGAUGUGAGAAUAAAUAAGCAACUGGAGAGCAAGUCAAGACAAAGCACAGUGGUCUCGGUUUCUUGUUAGUGUAGGAGCAGUGGCUUCGCUAUCCUCAGAGGAGAAGCACUGUACUGUAUGUAAUUGUUGCCCGGGAUAAUGGAGCCCCGCCCCCAGUUCAAAACAGUUUACAGUCAGUGAACUUUAUCGAUAAGGGAAAUACAUUUUGCAGUGACUUCAGCAACAGCACAAGUUGAUAGUAGAUACCAACACCUUUAUUGGAGACAUGUUUAUCUUGGUAAAUUCACCUUGUACCCUAGUGCUAGUGCUGCUGGAUAAAGGAGUGUUUACUUUUUUAAAUUGCCUCUGGACAAACCAGUCUGGAUAAUUUUUCAAUAUAUCAAAGUAGCUUAUACGUCUAUAAGUGGAAUGUUCCUUAAUAGCUUACUUUUUUGUUAUAAUAGUUGGAAACUGAAACUAAGCUCAUUGCUAUCUAUAUUACUGAAAUCCCAAAUUAGCAAAGGCCAUUUUAUAGGGUGUUCCAUAAUAUAAUCAGCUUCUGAAAUUUGUGUUUUGAUUAGUGCCUUCCUGUUGCCAAUAUUGAAUAUGCUAGUUUACACCUUUCCCUUUCUUGAUAGAUAACUCUUACUUGUUACAAUUUCUCUUUUUAAAUUUUGUUAUAACUAGUGAAGAAAAUACAUUUAUAUUUACAUACUUUAUAUGCAGCCUUUAUUUAGGUUCAAGGAAACCAGGUAGUUCUACUUUGUGUUGCAGCUUAAAUGUUAUUUAUUCAUCUGUAUUUGUUUCUUUUUUAUCUUUAAUUAAAAGUAUAAGGUUGCUUAUUCUGUGAGUAUGUUUUAACUUUAUCAUUUUUCCAGUGUAGGUUUGAUAGGCAUAUCUGAGAACAUAUAUGUGACAACCGUUUCACAUUCCAUGAUAAGGAAAAAGCUUAAAGGCCUGUAGAAAGCACAAAACCGUGUUCCCUCAUGUGUGUGUCUCCACAUGUAGAAAGCACAAGACUAACAGUAUUCUCAGUAUCCCACAAGUGCCAGGCAUAGAAAGCCCACCACGUGUUUGUCUCCGGAGUUGUUAGGCUGAGGACCGCAGUACUAAGAUCCCCAGACAGCGAGGUACCCAGGACGGGGGUCCUAAAUCCUAAGUGAUUCAGUGUGCUAAUCCGAGUACAUUUGUGUUGCUUUGAUGGAGGAGAGAACACCAGUGUCAAGAAUGCUGCAGUCAUAGUGGGGGGUGACUGGCUAUGACGGGGUCUGUGGGCUGGAACUAAAGAAGCAGGAGCAGACUUCGAGGCUUUGGUGGGUGGGACAUUGUGACAAGCUCCUGUUUUAAGCUGUAGGGCCAUUGGAGUCUGUAGUUGUUUUUUUAAUCUUAAAUCUUUAGGAAACUUUACCUCUUGUCAGUAGUAUCCUGUAAAUAUGGAGAAAUCUCACUUUUUAAUAGAGCAAAUACUAAUCUUUAAUCUUUGUGUAAAUCUAAACUUAAUGAAGUUAUUUUUUUCAUAUGCUUGAUUGCCCUUCAUUUUUAAUAGAGCAGAAUUUGAUCCAAGCGUACUGAGUAUCUAACUAAUUGAGACAGAUCUGCCGAAUGAUCUAUACUUUGCAUUCCACAAUGAUCGUAAGAGCCUAAAGGAUUCGUUUGCCUGUCCCAAUACCCACUUCGAGACUAGGUUAGAUGAAGUCUGUGAAUGUGAGUGCAAAAGAAGGACAUAAUGUGUUUUCUUGUACUCAGCAUUGCCUUUAUUUUACUCCCCACUUUUCUUCACCUGUAUAGUCCCUGUUUAUCAACAAGGAAUAAGUGUAUCUGUGUCUUGAAUUUUGCCCAUAUGUCGAAAGAUAGAACUCUCAAAAUGGGAGAGAAGAACCUUUGUUCCCACUCUCCUCUGUUUUGUAUAUUUAUCUUCGUAGGGAUAAUCAACUCUAAUAAUAUAUGGAAUGAAGAUUAUAGCUGGUGUAGACUAAUGGGACAUGGUUUAGAAGAAUUAAUCUGAGCACUUGGAGGGAGAGAUUCCCCGCUCUAGCAAGAAGUCACCAGGUGUGUACCUACGGCAUUCUUUUAGAAUGUGAAACCUCAGGCUUUGGCAGGACGAGGGGAGAGGGGAGUACCAGACAUGCCGGAAAAUGGAGAGGUUUGAGGAACAUCUUUGACUUAGCAAUAUGUGAUAAAGCAAAGCCGUGUAACCUGUUAGGCCUGUAUAGAAUGUGUUCUGUACCUUUAAAUGUUGUUUUUAAAUUUAAAAUAGUUUUUAAGACCUUAAAGAACGCUUUUCAAGAUUCCUUUGGCAGAGUAUCUUUCAUCUAUAAUUCCACGGAAAAUUGCUUUAAUUAGUCUAGGUGAAAGUAGUCCUAGUAAUGUAAAUAUGUAUAAUUAGAAUUUUCUAAUUUCACUGUGAGAUCUCUAACUUGAGUGGCAAACAGAUCAACAAAGUCUUUUUGCUCAUGGACUUUUCUGUGGGGUUGUUAAAAUGCAAAAGCUUUAUUUUUUUUAAUAAUGACAUAUUACGUUAGUGUCAGAUGAUGGUGUGGAAUCUGUUGCCCUUCUUUCCCCCACCAAUAUUGCUUUAGUUUAUAGAUUGCCAACAGAGUUCAGAAAUAGAGCGGGGAUUUACCCAUUCUUUGCUUGGACAUCCCGUUUUCUGUUGCUCAGACCUGUGUUGGCAGUCACAUAUGAACUAUGUUAUGCUUCUCCGUGCUUCUUCUUCUUUUUUUUUUAAUAAGGUGGAUAUCAAAAAUAGUUGCUGUGCAAAAGUUAGUAGUCUUCUUCAAGAAGAAAAUCAAUUCCUUUUCUAAUAUCCUGUGAAAUUGCUUCAUUCAUUUCUUUAUUUUUAAGCCAAAUGUCAGCAGAGUACUGCUGCUUUUAUCUAGUAAUUUUGAUAUGUAUGUAUUAAAGCAUUUUUAAAAGAUGUCUACAUUGAAAAAUGUUCCUCCCAGUGUCCUGCCUCUUAAGCUUGUUCAGAUGCUCUGUGAGAGACCAGUCUGUGCACUGGGGGUUUGUAUUGUGUACAUGGAUCGUUUUGUCAGUUAUGCCUUGUAGACCAAAUGUGAUUAUAAAUGAAGUUGUUGCGUUAUUGGUGAGUUUUUUGAAUUGUAAACUAAUUUCUGGUGUACUCUUCAUUGUCCACGGCUUUUUUUUUUUUUUUAAGGUUUGAUCAGGUCCAUCUCAUUGUACAAUGUUUUAGUUGCAAGCAGAAAGUAGAAUAUAAACCAAGUUACUUCCAUAUUGAAAGGAGUACAGUUGAAAUUGUAGAUUUAAGAUUGUUAACCAUACGUGACAAUUCUAACUUGACUAUUCUAACCUAUUGUAUACAACCUGAUUUUUAAAAUUGUAGACAUGUAUGAUCUUGGUUUAAUGUGUUUUUAAAAGUGUUAUUGUUUAAAAAAUGAAAAAAAAAUGAAGCAAAUCUGCUAAAGAGCUGUCAGUUUUCAUUACUGACUCUGUAAAAUACACUGUUCUUUGUGUACUGUGUGUUAUUUUGCCAGCUGCUGCAUUAGCCUUUACAAGUAUUUGGAAACUUAAGAUGAACUACAUUUCUUGCAAAGUAUAUUCCUUUCUGUGGUAUUUUGUCCUGUAAUUGAAGUAUAGUUAAUUAUUUUAUGGAAAUGUUAGCACUUCUGUACCAACUUUGAAUAAAAGGAAAAAUUUACAUUUCUGUGACUAAGUAUUUUCAGUAUGAACACGUCUACCCUCAAGAGAUUGUAUCUGUUUCUUUUCUCUCAUCUCAUGAAUAGUUCCAAUGAGAACCCUGCUGAUUAUUGUUAUUUACCUUGGUUAACAUGGACUAGCAGGUAAUGACUGAGAAUUGAGUUGUAUAUAUAACAUUGAUAAAUAAAAAUAUCCUUAAGUUUUUUCACUUCUA